CGCUUUCUCCGCUAUUUGUUUAGUUUAUAUAACCGCAACAAAUUCGUUUAUUUUUAUACUCUUCAGAGACCGACAUUUAUACAAUUGGGUGGUUUUAUGAACGUAUUAAUUCGACAACCCACGCAAAGCAAGCCUCUAUUAAUUGCAUUCGAUUUGACUUUCACCAAAAAUAAGCAAAUAAAGCUCGUUUUGGAUAAGGCCCAUAAAUAGUUGGGAUUCGUUGACAUAAUCCAAGCAAUUCGAAGUGUGUUUAUGUAAUCGGGAAUCCAUAUAAAGUCCGUAUGCAAAGCGGAUUAAAGACAGUUGUUGAUAGUCUCUUGUGAAUACAUUUGUCCACUUUAUAAGAAAAUGCUUGGGAUAAGAGUGCUUGUGGCGUAUAAUAUACUUUUAUAUGGAAGUUUCCAUGGCGAGUGUGCUGCCAUACACAACGAUAAUACAUUCAAUUCAACAGAUGAAGCUACAAAAAACUUCCUUAUUGAAGCUCAAUCGAUUGGGAGAAUCGUCAACCGCUCAAGUCAGAAAGAAAGUAAUCAAAAUAUCCUGACACCGCCAAGUUAUAUAGGUGAUAUAACUCGCACAUCAAGUGCUGAUCAAGGAAACCCCUGUCCCCUUGAUUUACCCCACAUGAAUGCUGCUCCAGAGCCGCAGAUCAAUGGAAACCCAUCAGCCACGCACAUAAAGUAUGGAUCACAAAUAAACACACAUUCCACAUACUCAGCAGAUUUUCAAUUGCAAAUACAAAACCCACGACCAGUUCAGCACAUACAUUACCAUUACAUUGUGCCCAAUACGACACCAAAACCGACCAUAAGUUAUGUGGCUCCAUCUCAAUUGAAUCUCAACGCCCACAAUGCAAAUUCAGAAGGUCAAGCAUACUCGUCAAUCGACCCUCGGCCAUCACAUAUCGUUGGAAACAAUCUGCAGCAUAGCAUCAAUCUAGAAGUUGUGCCAGUCAACCCUUUAUACUCAGCGGUGGACAAUAGUGGAUUCCUUUACGAUUCCCCGGAUGAGCACCAGGGUCAGGCGUCUGAGAAUACAUCGAUGUACGAAUUCAGAGAUCCUGGCGAGACUUUGAAGGAUGAACUCCAAGGGGCGGAGGCUUUACUGAAAACCAGUUCGGAGAUUGCCAUAAACCCGCCAAUUUCAAACCAUCCAGUGGACGUAGUUAGCCCAAUUCCGAAUCAGACGGAAGUUUACUUUAUUAAGUACUACGAUGACGUUAACAAAACGACUACUUCACCUGAAUCCCAGACCAAAGGUGAUACUUCAAGUGAGGUUUCAGACGGCAGUGGCUUAAUAGACAUUAGGUUAGGCGCUUCUGAAGUUCUGGAUAGUCAAAUAGAGACUACCACUCCAUACAAUGAAUACUCAGCAUACAACGUUCCACUGAAUUGA